UUGGUGAAAAAGAAAAGAAAAAGCGAGAGUGAGUGAGAGGACAAAAAGUGGAAGUGGAAUAGCACUUCAGCUUUGCUUCGUUCAUUCAUUCAAUCACAGUGAGGCGGUGAGGUCGUUCAUUCAUUCACACACACCCGCCUUUUCCGUCUCCCCAUCAAACCUCCAUGUGUAGAAGUAGAAGGAGCCAAAUCUUGGGAUGGAAUCCCUUCAACUGCGGUUGUGGCUCUGAGAUUCGCAGAGAAGCCCCGCGCAGAUGAAGAUCUUCUUUGUGACCCAGUUCGCCCUCUUCACUGCCGUUUCAACCUCUCUCUUUUCCAUUUCAGCUGUCUCUCCUCUCAGAGAUCCUCUCAAGCCCAUCUUAGGAGAGGGGAAUUUGGGGGAAUGGAAAGAUGGCAUCUUGAGUGCCACCGAGCAAGCUCUGGGCCCUGGUGGCAACCCCCCAGCAAGCACUCUUGUGUUAGCAGCGAAUAGGACAAAGAGGGUGGACAUUCUUCAUGGGUUUAAAAGAUAUCGAGGUGGAUGGGACAUUGCCAAUAAGCAUUACUGGGCAUCGGUUGGAUUUACAGGUGCCUUCGGAUUUAUUUUGGCUGUGCUCUGGUUUGUUUGCUUUGGUGUGGCUCUUGUUGUACAUCAUUGCUGUGGAUGGAGAAUAAAAGUCAAAGGGGAAGGAUCAAGCUUAUUGCAGAGAAUAUGUCUGAUACUGCUUGUCGUCUUCACAUGUGCUGCAGCGAUUGGAUGUAUACUUCUCUCUGUUGGGCAGGAUGAUUUCCAUGAUGAAGCGAUGCACACACUGAAGUUUGUUGUCAAUCAAUCUGACUAUGCUGUUCAGACGCUGAGAAAUGUCACGGAGUAUCUAAUACUUGCAAAAAGUAUUAAUGUAACCCAGGUUUACCUUCCUUCAGAUGUCAAAGAUGAAAUUGACAAGUUGAGUGUGGAUCUAGACACUGCAGCAGAUACUCUGAGCGAGAAGACAAGUGAAAAUUCCAAAAAAAUAGAGAGAGUCUUCGACCUAGUGCGAACGUCGUUGAUCACUGUUGCUGCAUUGAUGCUUGUUCUAACUCUUCUUGGUCUUUUACUAUCCCUCCUUGGGCACAAACAUGCAAUUCACAUAUUCAUUUUUAGUGGAUGGCUUCUCGUGGUGGUCACAUUCAUUCUUUGUGGCACUUUUGUAAUACUCAACAAUGCAAUUUCUGAUACUUGUAUGGCUAUGGGAGAAUGGGUAGAUAAUCCCCAUGCAGAGACUGCUCUUAGCAACAUCCUUCCAUGUGUUGAUGAGAGAACCACAAAUCGGACUCUUAUUCAGAGUAAACAAGUCACCGUGGAUAUAGUAAAUAUUGUCAACCAAUUCAUAUACACCUUUGCAAACACAAACCCGCCUCCACAGGCCUACCCUUAUUACUACAACCAGUCCGGGCCUUUGAUGUCACCACUUUGUUAUCCAUACGACAAUCAACUACAAGCUCGCCAGUGCACACCCUUGGAGGUGUCUAUGACUAAUGCAUCUCUGGUCUGGCAGGAUUUCAUUUGCACAGGAUCACCAUCUGGUUUGUGCACUAGCGUUGGGAGGGUGACGACAGACAUGUACACGCAGAUGGUGGCAGCUGUUAACAUAAGCAUUGCCCUUCAGCUCUAUGCUCCACCGUUGCUAAGUCUCCAGGAUUGCAAUUUUGUACGUGACACCUUCAGGAACAUCACCUCGUCUCACUGCCCUCCCCUGCAGCACCAUCUGCAAACAGUAAAUGCUGGACUGGCCAUAAUCUCGGUAGGACUCAUGCUGUGUCUCGCCCUCUGGUUACUCUAUGCAAACCGCCCCCGAAGGGAGGAAGUGUUUGCGAACAUAUCGUCCCAAAUAAAAGGCAGCUGCAGCUACAAGAACAGCUGCAAGAGCAGCAGCAACCUUGAUGCAUCGUCGAGGAGCACAACUCCUUCAAGGAGUGCAGUCUAGCGUAGAAAACGAAUAUAGAGAUUUAGAUUUGUGGGUUUACUUCAACCUGAGCAAGGAACCAAGGUGGGGCGAAGCGCCAUUUUGAGUUCUGGGCAGCUAGUAGUGUUAACAAAUUAUCCGGUUUCUGGUUGAUCAUCUUGUAUAGUAAAAGAUAAGCAGUUCUCUUGGUCUCUAUAUAUUGUCAAUUUUUAAGUUGUGCUGGCUCCAUCUAUGUUAGAAUUUAGAGAACUGAACUUCUCUACUUCGAGAUGGUUGCAGCUUUGGCAUUGGCGUUGGCUUGGCAUUAAGAUUGAUUGGAUUGGUGGUAUUCAUAACCGU